GAGUUGACAGUAUUUAUUAUUGACAUUGAACACACUGACUCUCAGUGAUCGGUUCAUUAUUUUGCUUUUAUUAUAGUAAAUGCUGCUCUGUUAGUAAUUAAAUUGUGUAAACAUUAUGUCACACAAUCACUGCCAUGGUCAUCAUGACCAUGACCAUAGUAGCGCUGAAGAAAUUGGAAUUCAAUAUAACCUUUAUGAAAAAAUUGAUAAAGAAAAUCUAGAAUGUUUAAAUGAAAGUGUGGAAGGGUCUGGUAAAACUGUAUUUAAGCCCUGGGACAAAAGACUUGACAGAACUCACUUUGUUGAAAGUGAUGCUGAUGAGGAAUUGCUAUUUAACAUACCUUUCACUGGAAAUGUAAAAUUAAAGGGUAUCAAAAUUUCUUCUGAAGACACAGAUUCUCAUCCUGCAAAGUUAAGAUUGUUUAAAAACAAACCCAACAUGACCUUUGAUGAUGUAUCAAUGGAACCGGAUCAAGUUUUUGAACUUCAAAAAGAUAGUGAAGGUGUUCUAGAAUAUUCCCCAAAAAUUGUCACCUUUUCUUCAGUCUCUCACUUAACAAUGCAUUUUCCUGCUAAUUUUGGAGCUGAAAAAACUAAAAUAGACUAUAUAGGUUUGAAAGGGGAAUGGACUCCGGGCCAUAGGCAUGGUGUGACAAUCUGUACAUAUGAAGUUAGGCCAAACCUUGAUGAUCAUAAAUUAAAAAAUACUGAUUCUGUAUCUAAGCAAAUUGAAUAGGUGGCCUUAAUUUAUGAUUACUUGUGAUUUCAAAAUGAGUAUCAGGUAUUUUAAGUGUUUGGAAUAGCUUGCAUUUACAAAAAAACUGUAUAAAUAUAAUAUUUAACUUUCUUAUUAUUUAUUUUUUUACUACCUAUUCAAGUACCUGUAGGUCAACUAAUGCUAUCUUAUUACAAUACAUGGACUAUUUAUAAUAAUAUGUUUAAUGAAGCUAUAAAUAUAUUACCUUAUUAACU